UUUUAUGAUUUUAUAUUCUGCAAAUGUGCCUACAAAUAUCUGUGCCCGUAUUUUCGGUGAGUGUAUACGGUAAUAAAUCUCUAAGUUUAUGCAUUUUUCUGAGAAAAGUCUUCUGGAUAGGAGGGACAGCAAUACCCUUGCAAUACCCUUGCAAUGCCCUACAGCUGUGAGCGUAAUGCCACGUAGCCCGGCGUGGGAGUAAGACGCUUUUAGAGGGCAGCACCUGCCAAAUCUGCAUACCUAGUGAACUUUGUGAGUUUGUGCAACUGCACAGCCACAGCUCAGGCCUCAGUCUCACGGCAACUGUCGAGGUGCGAGCGUCAGGCCGUCUAGUUACCUAUCUGUAUAAGCAAGUGUAAUACAUCAAAAUGGUCUGCGAGAAGUGUGAAAAGAAACUCAGCAAAGUCGGCACCCCGGAUCCCUGGAAAGCUGGAGCACGGAACACCGUGGAAAGCGGUGGACGCAAAGUCGGCGAGAACAAGGCACUAACUGCAGGCAGAUCGAGGGUCAAUCCUUACUCGGCCAAGUUCGGCGCUUGCAAAAUUUGCCGUCAGAAGAUACACCAAGCCGGCUCCCACUACUGCCAAUCGUGCGCCUACAAGAAGGCUAUCUGUGCGAUGUGCGGCAAGAAGCUCAUGAGCACCAAGAAUUACAGACAGUCUGCCACAUGAUUUCAUCUGACUUUUUUUUUGUAGAGAAUUACAAUAUAUAUAUAUAUAUAUAAAGUUCGAAAUAUGCAAUAAUAAAGUUCAUCAAGUUAUAUA